CCAGCCUCUCUGACUGUGAGUCCCAGCAGAUCUCAGAUGUUUAAAGAUGAAUCUGUCUCUCUGAGCUGUGAGGAGGACGACAGCUCUGCUGGAUGGACUCUGAGGAGGAACACAACCAGAGAAACCAGGACUCAGUGUGGAGAUGACUGGGGAAGACCUGCUGGUUCUUCCUGUAACAUCGGCGGCAUGGACCCAGGGGACAGUGGAGUUUACUGGUGUGAGUCCAGAGAGGGAGCAACCAGUAACAUCAUCACCAUCACCGUCCCUGGUGGACCAGUGAUCCUGCAGAGUCCUGUCCUCCCUGUGAUGGAGGGAGAAGACCUCACUCUGACCUGUAAAACAAAGAGGUCCUCCAACCUCCCAGCUGGUUUCUAUAAAGAUGACUCCUUCAUCAGGACUGAGCCUGCAGGUCACAUGACCAUCCACCAUGUUUCCAGGUCUGAUGAAGGCCUCUACAAGUGCAACAUCAGCAGUGCUGGAGAGUCUCCAUCCAGCUGGGUCUCUGUCACACGUGUGGAAGUUAAAGAGAAACCCACGACUACAAGUCCUCCUACAUCCAACUCUCUCCCUCCCUCCGUGUUGUGGUCCAUUUCAGUCGGGGUUCUGAUUGUGUUGGCUCUACUGGUCCUGCUGGUUCUACUGGUGAGACGAUGCAUCCGUAGGAAACGGAAAGAUGCUCAAGUAGAAGUUAGAGAUGAGGACAUCACAGAUGUUGUCAUAUACAGUGAUGUCCAAAUGACGCCUAACCUGCAACAGCCAAUCAGACAGAGCAGAGAGAGUGAUUCAGCUGCAGUUUACUCAGCGGUGAGACGGCCAGAGGACACCGGUAAUAGACUAAUAGUGAUCACAGACAUCCAAUCUAGCAGGACGAGAGAGAGAGAUUCGCCUGCAGUCUACUCAGCAGUGAGACGUCAGCUAUGGACAAAUAGUGAUCAAAUCAAACUGAGAGAGUCUCCAGCAGAGCCAGAGGUCCUCUACUCCUCACUGAGGAACACCUGAAUACCAUCACACCAGUCCAACCAGUGGAGUCCAGCCGGCCAAUCACUGGUCCCCAGAGACCCUCACACAUUGCCACAUUCUUCUGUUUGAUUUCUAAUUAAAGCUAAAUGAGACUCAUAAAGAGACAAACAACUCAAAUUUAGAGCACGUUUGCAUUCUUUAGAUGUUUUUCAUUCAAAGAUAUGCUUCUUAUUUAAGUAAUUUGUUCCUAUUUAACUGGUUCAUAACGGUGGACAAACCAACAAAUAUCUACUGAACAGAGUCUAAUGAUAACUAUUUAGUGAUAUAUAUAUAUUGUAUUUG